CACCUUUGCCUGCUGACGUCACAAACGCUGCAAGAGCUUACUACGGAAGUAGUCACGCGCCUCUAGUGGGAGCCUAGACAUUUUCCUGAGGCAACAUGACCUGUGUGCACCUGCUUUUGACCUUAGUCUUUGCUGUCAGCUUGGGGACACCUGUAGAGAUUCAACAACCACGAGGAGUACCACUGUCAAGGAGACAGUUUUAUUCGGAGAACAAGCCAUUUACGUGUCUUGAUGGAUCCCGGACCAUUUCCUUUGAUCGAGUGAAUGAUGACUACUGUGACUGCAAAGAUGGUUCAGAUGAGCCAGGCACUGCAGCUUGUCCGAAUGGUCACUUCCAUUGCACCAAUGCUGGAUACAGGCCCACCUUUAUCCCAUCCUCUCGUAUUAAUGAUGGUAUCUGUGAUUGCUGCGACACCACUGAUGAGUACAACAGCGGAGCCAAAUGUGAAAAUACGUGCAAGGAACUGGGACAUAAAGAGAGGGAGGUUCUGCAGAAGAUGGCUGAGAUCACCAAAGAGGGCUUUCUCCUUAAACAGCAGCUCAUCGAGGAGGCCAAGCAGAGACACAAAGAAAAACAGGGUAAAGUGGCUUAUAUGCAGGAAAAUAAGAAACAGCUGGAGGAGAAAGUUGAAGCACUGAGGACUGUUAAAGAGACUUCGGAGCAGCCUGAGAAGGAAGCUAAAGAGCGCCACCUAAAGGCCUGGGAAGAGCAAAAGGCAGCUAUUCACAUAGAAAAGGAUAAAGCCAAAAUGGCAGAAGCCUUUUUGGAGCUGGAUGACGAUGCAGAUGGCUUUGUGUCUGUCUCUGAGCUUCAGUCCCAUGCAGAAUUGGACUCAGAUGCUGAUGGCACACUAACUGAAACCGAGGCCCAGGGACUAAUGGGUGGAGCUGACCGGGUGGACACAUCAGCAUUUGAGAGCAUUUGGGCCAACAUUAAAGACAUGUACCACUCAGAGUCCCAGCCUGUGGAAGCUGCCCAUGUGGAACCCCCUCCUGAAGAAGUGAGGGAGCGAGUUGUAGACAAUGACUCUGAGCCGAGCCCAGAGGAAGACAUCUCUGAGGAAGAGGAGGAGGAUGAUGAAGAUGAUUAUCAUGAAGAGGAUAAGGUGCCAUCAACCAUCAAGACUCCAGAGAAGAGUCAUGAAGAUGAAGAAGCUAUGCCGCCCUACGACGCAGACACCCAGGCCCUCAUCGAUGCUGCUCAGAAGGCUAGGGAUGACUUCAACGAGGCUGAGAAAGCUUUUCGGGAAGUGGAUGUUCAAAUCGGAAAUAUUGAAAAAGAGCUGUCCUUUGAUUUUGGCCCUGAUGCGGAGUUCACAUACCUGUACAGCCAGUGCUAUGAACUUUCCACUGGCGAGUAUAUCUACAGAUUCUGUCCUUUCAAUCGGGUUUCACAGAAACCCAAGUACGGAGGCUCAGAGACCAACCUUGGCAUCUGGGGAUCUUGGGCAGGGCCUGAAAAUAAUAAAUACUUGAUGAUGAAAUACGAGCACGGCGCUGGGUGCUGGCAAGGACCAAACAGAUCCACUAUGGUGAAGCUGACUUGUGGGAAGGAGACUGUGGUGACCUCCACAUCGGAGCCGAGUCGCUGUGAAUAUCUAAUGGAAUUCACCACGCCUGCCGUGUGCCAAGAACUGACCAAUGCUGACCUCUCACCACAUGGCCACGAGGAGCUGUAGAGUCGUUCCAGGGUUACUCUGUGGGAACAUUAUCUUAAUUUCCGGUUAGCUGUUUAAAACCCCUUUCAUUAGUGUUGCAUCGGCCAGAAGAGGCUGGGCAUUAAGUGUAGCAUAAAGUUUGUUCUUAAAUGUGAUUUUCUUCUUUUUACUGAUGUAAAAUCUGAUUUCUUUACAUUCCGUGGAUUAAAUAAAUUCAACCUUAU